ACCGGAAUGUAUCCUGUUCCUGUUGAAAGCAUGAGAUAACCGCUCGUAAAAGUUAGAGCUAAUAAACAUUUAUUUCUCAUCGUGAAUAUUAUUUGUUGUUAACAGGUUAGCAGUUUGUGACAGGUCGGUGAUCCUGGCAGCAGACUGUUGACUAAAACAUGCCUGAGAUAAAGGUUACACCAUUAGGACUAGCAUGAAGCUGCGUGUGUCUUCUGUCCCCUCUCCAAGGUGCUGGACAGGAUGUCGGCCGCAGCUGCAUUCUUGUCUCCAUCGGAGGCAAAAACAUCAUGCUGGACUGUGGGAUGCACAUGGGAUACAACGAUGACAGACGUUUCCCUGACUUCUCCUAUGUGACCCAGAACGGGCGUCUGACAGAUUUUUUGGACUGUGUCAUCAUCAGCCACUUUCACUUGGACCACUGUGGUGCUCUGCCCUACAUGAGUGAGAUGGUGGGCUACGAUGGUCCAAUCUACAUGACUCACCCCACCAAGGCCAUUUGUCCCAUUUUACUGGAGGAUUUCAGGAAGAUCACCGUUGAUAAGAAGGGAGAAACCAACUUCUUCACAUCACAAAUGAUCAAGGACUGCAUGAAGAAAGUGGUCCCUUUGAACCUGCACCAAACAGUCCAGGUGGAUGAUGAGCUGGAGAUCAAGGCCUACUAUGCAGGCCAUGUCCUGGGAGCUGCCAUGGUGCAAAUCAAAGUGGGAUCAGAGUCUGUAGUCUACACUGGGGACUACAAUAUGACACCAGACAGGCACUUAGGAGCUGCCUGGAUCGAUAAGUGCCGUCCAGACAUCCUGAUAUCGGAGUCGACGUAUGCCACGACCAUCCGUGACUCCAAAAGGUGCAGGGAAAGGGACUUCCUGAAGAAAGUGCAUGAAUCCAUAGAAAGAGGAGGAAAGGUUCUCAUUCCGGUUUUUGCUUUGGGACGAGCACAAGAACUCUGCAUUCUGCUGGAAACAUUUUGGGAGAGAAUGAACCUAAAGGCCCCCAUCUACUUUUCCACCGGGCUCACGGAGAAAGCCAAUCAUUACUACAAGCUCUUCAUAACGUGGACAAACCAGAAGAUUCGGAAAACCUUUGUGCAGAGAAACAUGUUUGAGUUCAAGCACAUCAAGGCCUUCGAUCGCUCUUAUGCUGAUAAUCCAGGGCCAAUGGUGGUGUUUGCCACUCCGGGUAUGUUGCACGCUGGUCAAUCUCUGCAGAUAUUUAAGAAAUGGGCUGGGAAUGAGAAGAACAUGGUAAUCAUGCCUGGGUAUUGUGUACAAGGAACUAUUGGUCAUAAGAUCCUGAAUGGACAAAGGAAACUGGAGAUGGAAGGAAGAGCAACACUGGACGUGAAGCUGCAGGUAGAGUACAUGUCCUUCAGUGCACACGCAGACGCCAAGGGCAUCAUGCAGCUCAUCCGCAUGGCGGAGCCUCGGAACAUGCUGCUCGUGCACGGGGAGGCCGCCAAGAUGGAGUUUCUUAAGGGCAAGAUUGAGCAGGAGUUCAGCAUAGACUGUUACAUGCCGGCCAAUGGAGAGACAGCGAUGGUGACGACCAACCCCAGCGUUCCUGUGGACAUGUCGCUCAACCUACUGAAGAGGGAGAUGGCUCUCGGAGGCCCUCUGCCGGAUCCUAAAAAACCUCGCACCAUGCAUGGGACCCUCAUCAUGAAAGAAAACAGUCUAAAGCUGGUGUCGUCGGAGCAAGCCCUGAAAGAGCUGGGCCUCAAUGAGCAUCAGUUACGCUUCACCUGCCGCGUGCAGCUCCAGGACCCACACAGCGACCCCGACACUCUCCACAGAGUCUACACACACCUCAAAAGUGUGUUAAAGGGAUACACCAUCCAACACCUCCCUGAUGGGACAGUCAUGGUGGAGUCCAUCGUCAUCAAAGUGUCCUCCUCGGCUGAAGAUGUCAACGCCAAAGUCCUUCUGCUGUCCUGGAGUUAUCAGGACGAAGACCUGGGUAGUUUCCUCUCCUCUCUUCUGAAAAAGGGCCUUCCGCCUGGGCUCUGCUGAAACAUUGUGUUGUCUGAGGAAGCUGAACGUUCAAACAGCUCCAGAGAAGUGCUGUCAGUGGCCCGACUCCAUCCUGCUCACCGGUGCAGAGGCGAUCGUUCGGGACAAGAACAGCAGGGCUACAGCCACAGUGUCGCUGGGCUGUUGAAGUUACGGAGCUUCUGACAGCGAGGCCCUGGGGCCUUUUUGAGGCGAAGCAACCGUGUGAAUGCUUCAAGACAUUUUUGUAGCUCCUUCAUGAACGCUGUUCACGAUUAAUGGUUUGUCAUCGACAGUUGCAGCUCAGUGGUUUGAAAGCGCUGUGUUCUGAUUAGAUUAGUUACGUGUUCUGUCCUGUAGGCGGGAUUUGUCCUGCCGGUGAAUCACCUGAGGGCGGUGGGAUUUUUCACUGACUCAUUUAGCGAAAACAGAGCCCAGAAUUCAUAUUUCUGUUUUAUUUUUGAAGAAUUGACUGUAAAUAAACACUUUUUACUGAGUA